CUGGGCUCCAAGAUGCGGGCUGUCAAUCAGUCUGAAUGAAACCACUCAGCCCCAGAUCAUUGCAACAAGAGCCACGGCGGGAUGGCAGAAUCAGCGCGUCAAGAGGCCGAAUGCGCCUGCGCACUGCGACGCGAACCCUCGACGGCAGAGGGAGAUGGCAGCGGCGGCGAGUGUGCGGAGCGGGGAGGUUUUGUGCCUGUUUGAUGUGGACGGGACUCUCACCGAAGCCCGGCAGAAAAUCACUCAGCACAUGGAUGAAUUCAUGCAGGAUUUAAGGAGGAAGGUGAAGGUUGGAGUUGUGAGCGGUUCUGAUGUCGACAAAAUUAAAGAGCAGCUCGGAGACGAGGUUCUUACAAGAGCUGAUUAUGUGUUUGCUGAAAAUGGGUUAGUUGCAUAUAAAGCUGGAAAACUUCUGGCUACACAGAGCAUCCAGAACCAUAUUGGUGAUGAAAUACUGCAGAACUUGAUCAACUAUUCUUUGAAUUAUAUGGCCAAGAUCAAGUUGCCAAGAAAAAGAGGCACCUUUAUUGAAUUCCGUAAUGGAAUGCUGAACAUCAGUCCAGUGGGUAGAAGUUGCAGCCAAGAAGAACGUAUUGAAUUCUUUGAACUUGAUAAAAAAGAAAAGAUCAGAGAAAGAUUUGUGGCUGAUUUACAAAGAGAAUUUGCAGGGAAAGGGCUCACCUUUUCUAUAGGUGGGCAGAUCAGCUUUGAUGUGUUUCCAGAUGGGUGGGACAAGAGAUACUGUCUGGGAAUCCUUGAGAGUGAUAACUUCAAGGCCAUCCACUUCUUUGGAGAUAAAACUUCGCCAGGUGGGAACGAUUAUGAAAUCUAUAGUGACCCAAGAACUAUUGGUCAUUCAGUGACAUCCCCAGCAGAUACUAGGAGAAUUUGUGAUGAACUGUUUUUCAACUCGGGUGCCAGUAUUCCAUCAUAAAGUUGUGGAUAUUGGACUUGCCAAAGACAACUAUUUUCCAACAUGUGAGGAAAUAUACUUGAAUUAAAUCUACCAUCUCUAGCAAUUGUAACUAUUGACACAGCAAUCCUCUUUUUAAAAAAAAUCACCAUGUUUUGAUGGAACAAGAUCUGACUGGUAUUAGCCAGAUUAUUUGAGUGGACCUUAAAAACAAAGUAGAAUCUUGCAAUAGAUAUUAAACUUGUACUUAAAUUGACUGGACGAAAGCAAAUAGAAGUUCUUUGAGUGGCAUUUCUUACAUUAUGACAUGGAAUAGGUAGGGAAUUGAUGUGAUAAGACUUCUCAAAGAAAAGUAAAAUGCAAUAAUCGUGUCACGCUUUCCAAAGAUGACAUUCCUUCUAUUCAUUAUUUUUAUGGAAAAAAAGCCGCUAAAUUACAAAUCAGGAAAUGUGGACCAAAGUUGUCAGUAGGGAUAACACUUACUUGUAUCUAAAUAUGAAAUUAUUAUUAGUUUUUAGAUUCACGUCAAGAUCUGUGGGCUGGUCACAGGGAAGGAUGUUGUACUUUGCAGGAAAUUCUACUGUAGCAGUUUUGAUGAUAGUUGGUCCAUUGGUUGAGAGACUUAAUAACAAUAAUUUAUAUGAAUGUUAUUUAUGUAGUGGUCAAUUAUCAUGAUUUUUUUUUAAACUAAAGCUGCAUUUUCUAUUGUUUCAUAAUUAGUUUUUUGGUACCCCACGGUUACUGUUUAAAAUCUUCUUUCAAGGCCAAGUCUUACAUUGACAACCAUCCUUGCUGGUACAAACCAAUCAUAGUGCAUGCUACAUUGUAACUAUUCUACCUCCAGACUUGUGCAUGUGAAAUAUAGACAGUAACUUAAUGAUGAACUGUUGAUGUGUAUCUCAUUGUGGGAAAACAAUUUUAAUUGCCUGUUGCAACCAUCCUUUUUCAUUACAUGCAACAAUGUAAAAAACUGUAUCUUGAAUACUAUGUAUAGAUUUUAAUGGAAACAGCUAGUCAUAAAUGCAACCUUUUUACAAAGUUUAAUGAUAAUUUUGAGUUAUACGACACUGUUUAAUGUCCUGGCUGAAAGGGGGAGGAGUAUAUAUCAUUAGAUUUAGUGUAAAAGUUUGAUUCCAGAAACUAUGACAUGUAAUUCUGUAAUUUCAGGGCAUUUUUUUUUAAUCAAUAAAAAAAUCAUGGUAACUUUUAUUCCAAAGAAAGCUGACUCGGGUCAUGUAGCUUAGAAAAGUUGCUUGAGGAGAAAACCACAAAGUAUAUAUAGCAUUUAAUGUCCUUUCCCUAUAACCUUUUAAUCUGCCAGUUGCCACACUGGAUUAGUCCUUUGCAUUUAGUAGACUUUGAAAACAGACAUUUGCAUGGAAUAUUUUAGUUAAUUAUUUUAGAUGUCAAACAUGUUGCUGAAGCUGUCAUCCAAAUGCCAUAGCUUUUCCUCAUUUGUUUUUACAAAUGCAUUUGUAUUUUUGGUCUAAUGUAAACUUGGCCAGUAACAGUGGUACUUUUUGUGCAGCCCCUAUGAGCCGGUAGGUGAUGGACUGAUCAUUCAGGCUGGCAGAUGGAAUGCCAGUGGUUUGAAUGUCCUGGAUGGUGGUAGGCAUUUAAGUAUUGAUAGAGAAUAUUCCAUGACACGCUUGACUUGUGCCUUUUAGAUUGCAGAGAGGCUUUGGGGAUAGAUAUCAGGGAGCUGAUUCACCACAGAACACCCAACUUCUGCCCUGUUUUUGUUUUAAUGAUUGUGGCUCAGCAAGUCUGUAGUCACUGGUGAACCCCAAGAUGUUUAUGGUAGAAGAAUUCAGCUGUUGUAGUGCAUAGGUGGGUGGUCUGAUUUUGUUGUACUGUCACUGUUUGGCAUUUGAGGUUGAACAUUAACAACAAAGUGUUGUGUAGGUUUUUCUACAUGCAGUUAUGGACUACUUGAGUUGUGAUGACAUCUGAACAGAAUUGAUCACAAUGCAGUCAUUACCAAAUGUCUCCACUUUUUAAAAUGAAGCAUCUGAAGAUAGGAAAUUUCUGCGGGUACAUCCUUGGCCUGAAAUGAUUGAUCUCUAAUAACCAUAAGUUUUGUCUGAGGUUGAUCUCAGAUGCUUGAGGCAGCUGUUUUUGACGUACAAUUUGAACAGCCACACAAUUUGAAAUCAAUAUACAAAGCAUUUUGCAUCGACA